AUGCUGCAGCAGCAUGCAUUCGAGGCUGCAGAAUUUGUCUUCCAACGGAUGCCUAACCUUGCUCUGAGAUCCCUUGACAAUGAGGAUAAACAACAUCUCCUCGGCCUUAUGGCCGAAGUGGCUUCUGACGGUGUGGCGGCGGCAUUGUUUGCCGAGAAGGGAUGCCUUGCUGCACUGAAUCUGCUUGAGCAAGGCCGAGGCGUGUUGGCUGAGUCGAUCGAAGCCAUGAGAGUUGACAUCAUGCAGUUACAGGAUCGUCAUCCGGACAUGGCGAAGGAAUUUGUUCGCCUGCGGGAUGAGUUGGAGGGCGAUGACUCUGGCAGUGAUCAUGAGGAUAGUCUUCCUCGGGGCGACCAACGUUACAAGACGGGUAAAGAAUUCGACGAGCUGAUUGAGGACAUCCGAGCACUGCCAGAAUUUUCAAGCUUUCUGGGGCCGCCCAGCGAAUUUAAGAUCCAAGGUGCGGCGGUGGAUGGGCCACUUGUUAUCAUCAAUAUCAGCGAGUAUCGCUGUGAUGCACUCCUUGUUGAGAAGCACCAAACACGGGUCCUACCCUUGCCCAGCCUUCAUAGGGAGGAGAUUACAAAUAAGGCCAAGAAAACAGAUCUCGGCAAUCACCAGAUUCUUGAGUGGCUAUGGGAUACAGUGGCGAAACCGACUCUUGAAGCCCUUGGGCUCAACCGUACGCCUGCUGGGGGGAACUGGCCGCGUAUCUGGUGGAUUCCUACCGGUCCCCUGAGCAGAUUUCCUCUCCACGCAGCAGGUCGUCACAGACAAGGGCUUGGAGAGACUGUUCUCGAUAGGGUCGUUUCAUCGUAUAGCAGCUCCAUCAAGGCCAUCAUCCAUGGCCGUGCUCGUCGUCAUGCAUCCACCGACCCAAGCCAAGCGCUACUCGUCGCAGUGGAGAACACGCGAGGACAGGAUCGAUUACGAUUUGCAACGCAAGAAGUAGCAGAGCUCCGCAAGAUCUGCGAGAAAAUGAAACUGACACCUGUAGAACCCAUUCGGAAGAAGGAGAAACUCAAGGAGUGCCUGCAGAAGUGCAAGAUCUUUCAUUUCGCAGGCCAUUGCUCGACAAACUACUACAACCCUCUCCAUAGGCACCUAUUCCUCGAUGACGGGGAUGCUAACCCUCUGCGUGUUGCGGAUCUCCUGGACAUCAACCUCCACGUAGUGACAGGACUUCCGACGAGGGGGCAGAUACGAGUUCAAACGUGGGAGAUAACGGCGGGGGUGGGUUGA